AUGUUAAUAACAAUAGCAUUUUGGCUGUUAGUUACUUUAAUUUAUUUUUGGAUUCAUGGUCCUGUUACGAGAUUUCUGCGUGUUCUAUGGGAAAUUAUUAUGCAAAUAUAUAAUAAGAAGGCAAUUGAUUUGCGAACAAAGUUCGGCGAAUGGGCAGUUGUCACUGGCUCAACUGACGGUAUUGGUAAAGCUUAUGCUAAAGAAUUAGCAGCAAAAAACAUGAAUUUAAUAUUAAUCAGCAGAAACUUAGAAAAACUUAAAUAUACAAAAGACGAAAUGCUGUUAAUAAAUCCAAAAAUCCAGGUGAGGAUUCUUGCGGCAGAUUUCGCCGAAGGAGAAAAUGCUUUUACCAAAAUCCAUUCUCUUUUGCAAGAUAUUUCCGUCGGCAUAUUAGUGAACAAUGUGGGUAAGCUACACGAGUAUCCCAUGUACGUCGGAGAGUUACCUGAGAAGGAACUGUGGGACAUUAUCAAUAUAAAUGUGGGCACCAUUACGUUAAUGACGCGGUUAGUUAUCAGGCAGAUGCAAAAACGCAGACAAGGCGCGAUUGUCAACGUCUCCUCCGCAUCUGAGUUUCAGCCGGUGCCAUUGAUAACUGUAUAUGCCGCUACGAAAGCGUAUGUGAAGAGUUUUUCCGAUGGUCUCAGAGCGGAAUACUCCAGAUUCGGCAUAACUGUUCAAAACCUGUCGCCUUUUUUCAUCAGUACCAAAAUGACAGCAUUUAGCUCUAAGCUUCAGGUUUCAAGUACAUUUGUACCUGAUGCUACAACUUAUGCAAGAAAUGCUAUUGCCACUCUGGGUAAAAUGGACAACAGUACUGGUUAUUGGGCCCAUAGUAUUCAAAAGCUCAUCAUUCUAAUGGUACCUGUAUGGAUUAGAAUAAAAAUAGGACAAAUUAUGAAUGAACAUUUCAGACAAGACUAUUUCGAGCAACAAAGACAAAAGAGAUUGUAAUAAGAUAUUUUAAAUAAACAAUUAUUUUUGGAAGAUAUUAUAUCGUACUAACGUAGAAACUAAUUUUUAGCAAUUUUUAAUUAUUACGAGUAAUAUAGAAGAUAAUAUAAAUGAAUAUAAAAAGAAGAUGCAGCAGAAGAGUAAAAGAGACAA